UAAUAUGUUAUACUCAUACAUAUAAACAAAAAGCCUGGAAACAAAAAGCUUCAAGAGUUCCUUUCAUAUACAGUUGAUAUCGAGUUACUGCAAUCGUAUAUACUCAUGUUCAUAUACUUCGAACUUUUUGUUCCUAAAAAAAAUUUGGUUUAACAAUAUUAGGAUAUCAAAACAAUCGAAUGCUUAAUAACAACAGUAUAUAAUUGAGUGUAUAUGAUAAAUAAACACUUGCUUAUAAAUUAAUACUUUAAUGUACUCAAAAAAAAUCUCUUUACACACACUGUGUGAAGUACAAAAAAAUUCAAUCGAAAUAUUAUACUACAAGGAUCUAAAAGAAUUUUCCAUGUCUGUCAGCAUAAAAAUGAUAUUGGCGUUGAUAGCUACCGAUGGCUUUCGAUAAUUCCUGAUAGAUAAUUGCAAAUCAUAAGAGAAAUCUUGCUGACUGUGUGGGUGUGAGUGUUAUAGUCAGUUAUUCCAUCAUACACUGACAUACCACAUCCAUACUAAUACCAUUAUUGUUCAAGUUAUUAUGUAGGUUACAUUACUGUUCGUUUAUUACAUUUACGAAAAUUUCUUCUGAUGAAAAAUGGAGUUAAAUAAAUGUGACUUUUGUUGGAGUUGGUACGAAAAGAUAUCUUUCUAAACAAAAACAAACUCAUACAAUUAUUUUACUUAUCAAUAAAUCAAGAUGCUGUACGAAACUGAUUAUGGAGAUGCGCCCAAUCAAAUAUUUCAAUUUAAUGAACUCUCAGCAUAACAAAAUAUUAUAGCAUCUUGUCCAAUGAAUAUUUUCAAAGUUUAUGUUGUCGAUGAGAAGAAUGUGCUAACUAUCUAUGUUUUCCUUCCAUUAAGUAAUUGUCUGAAUAGAAUAAAUCACAAUCUAAGUAAUGAAGGUAUGACUAUCGACAAAAACGUUGCUCUAAAUCCUAUACUCAUUCUUUCUCAAUAGUCAUAAUUUUGCCGAAAAAAAGACUUGAUAAAUCAUCAAUAAUUUUAGUUAUCGAUGUCGUGCAAACUUGUCUAUUAGUCUUCGAAAUUAAAGCGAAGAAUUUUUCACCGAUUGAAAAUUGAAAGUUAAUUAACUGAUGUCUAUUGAGAAAAACUGACACUAGGGUUAUGGGAGAAUUAUUGUACCAUUCUCAUUUCAUAUUAAUAACUAGGUUUAAUAGGCACAUGUUUAUAGGACGUAAACAGAAGGACUUUAUACUUUUCUUCUCAGCAAAUUAUUGAAGUCAUUUUAUUGCAACAGAUACUUUUGUCCUUUAUAGCAUAUUAAAAUCACUCUAUUCUGAAGCAUUGUUCAUUAUCAAUGUCUGAACCUCUGAGGUACUCAUUUCAAAAUAUUUCGCUUUAGGAUAUUUCUUGGUAUUCAAACGAUUCACUUAUCCUUCUAAUUGUCCUUGUUCCAAAUUACCCUAUUACACAGCUUCUCUGAAGGGUGUGGGUGUUUUAUGUCGCUAAGAUAUCCUCUCGAUUCACACUCAAAUACACACCCACCCCCCAACCCACAUCCAACCCACCCCCGCUCACACUCACACCCGCCCCAUAUUUCAAUUAGAAAAAACCGAACAACAUCGAUUUCUACGAGAUGUAAUAUCAAUCAUUUUUUAUUAAGAAAUAAAUUAAAAAAAAAUUGAAAUACUUUAGUCCAAUGGAAUAAUAAAAUCAAUCGUUGAUAAAACGUUUGUAGCUGAUCCGAAUGUUGAACGAUGAUUAGUAUUUGAAGCUGAACAAGAUCCAAUGAAUUUCGAUCAAGAGCAAACACGGCCAACUAGACAAGAUAUUCAACAAUCUGAACAUCAAUUAAAAAAACGUGUACCUAAAGGGACUUCUCAAUAUCAAACUGCAUGGAUUAUUUCUGAGGAUGAAGAUAAUCAGUCUCUCAAGCAACAAAAUGUUUAGUUUUUUUUAAUAUUAAAUCUUUUUCAAUAUAUUAGGAUUUUGAUGAAGAUCAUCAAGAAAUGAUGACUGAUUAUGCUGCUGAUCUACAAUCAAUUAAACUUGAUCAACAAGAACAUGAAGAAGAUGAAGAUGAAGAAGAAAUCGAUGGACUUUUUAUGAAUCGAAAUAAUCAUGAUGAAAAAAACAGACUUAGAAGAAGAUAA